UACGGAGAGCUGGCGAGAAAUGUCAUUAUAAAGGAGCAACAUUUGGUUCACUACACGGAGAGGGAUUUCAGCCUCCGCGAGUGACAGGAAGCUUUCGUUAGGGGGAAUACAAGUGCUGUUUAAGUGACAGAUCAAAUUUCACUCAUUAAAAGCGAGGAACUAAUAAAACGGAGAAAAACUGAUUUCUGACGAAGUUCCAUGAAUGUACGAUAAAAACAUGACGAGUCGUGUGUAAAUAAUUUUCUUGCAGAUAAAAAGGACAUAUAAAAGUGAGUAGUGAUGGGAAAUCAAGCGAUCACGUGUCCUGAUGUGCCAAAAACACGGGGACAAGAGCUCGGUAAAUAUUUGACAGUAAGACAGAUUCACUUAGUGCAGAAUUCGUGGGAUUUGAUCAAGGACGAUCUAGGCAAGUUAGGAUUAUGUGUUUUUCUCAGGUUUUUUGAAACUGAACCAGAUUUGAAAUCUUUGUUCCCCAAAAUCGUUCAAAUGAACAACGAAAAUCAGCUGGAAUAUGACAUUGAUCGGGAAAUGUUACAACGUCAUGCCGUCACGGUAUUGGAGGGGCUAGGAGCGGCGGUGGAGAGUUUGGAGGAGUCCGAUUUCCUUAAUAGUGUCCUCAUUUCUAUUGGUCAAACACACGUGAAAAGACACGUGAAACCACAAAUGCUAAGGAGACUGUGGCCAUCCUUAAAUCACGGACUUAAACACUGUUUACAAGAAAACUACACAAAAGAAGUGAACGAGGCUUGGAAAAAAGUCUAUUUCUACGUGUGUUUCCAGAUGAAAAGGGGAAUGGAAAAUCCAGAUCUCGAUUUUGACUCCUGUUGUAACACUGGUACACGCUGAAGACAUGACAGCCAAAAUUGUGUUGUUUUUUUUCUCGAUUAAUUAUAUAUUAUACAUAAAUUAAUUAAAUAGGUUUAGUUUCAAUUUCAAAAUUUUCAAUGAUUGGAGAGACAUUCUUAAUGCAGUUACAUGUACGGAAUAAUGAUGUGAAAAGUACCGUAAAGUUUGUCGAACCUCCUGUAACUCUAUUGAAGGAUUUCCCACGAGCCAGCUGGGGAAUGCCCCGGAGGAAAUGUAAGGGUGAUUGGCCAUUUACAUUUAUUGGUAAACACAUUGGUAAUGGUUAAUUAGAACGCAUUCCCUAAGCCUACUUCUUGUUGAUCUGAUUACGACUUUUACCGUAUAUUCUAUUUAAUAUUAAUCUUUCUGAGGACAUGACUUUCCCUUGAGGCAAAAGUCGAAUGUAUAACUUGAUUUUGUCGAACUUUUAUCUUGUUAUAAGUGUACGGGUUUUUGUUUGUUUGUGGAAUGAAAUUUGAAGAUUUAGAAAAUUUUGCUUCUUAUCUUUGAAAUGUUAUUAUACAUGUAAUUUAUUGUAAAUGUUGUCAUGUUGAAUAAAAUGUACAUUUCAAAUUGA